AUUGUUGCACUUUAUGCAGUACAGUCCAUAAUAUUGCAAGUUCUGAGCUAACCAUUUAAGAGAUUUAGAAACUCGAGCAGGCUUUCCGUUAGCACUUGACAUCAUGACUCGUCGACGAACAUGCGCAACUGUCGUGAUGCGGAUUGUUUCGGCCAGUACUUGCGGUGGCUACAUCGCAUUUGUGAAUGGUGAUGAUAGGCGGGCUGAUACAUCGAGGCCGUGACCUGUCACGGAGACCGCGUUCGUAUUUUGGCAAGAUGGGAGAUGUGGAUAAAUGGAUAGAUAUUGCGAAAGACUGCAAAUAUCUCCCCGAAAACGACCUAAAGAGCUUGUGUGAUGCUGUGUGUGACCUGUUGAUGGAGGAGUCCAACAUUCAACCAGUCCCUUGUCCAGUCACAGUCUGCGGAGAUAUCCAUGGACAGUUUUACGACCUGGAGGAACUCUUCAGAACUGGCGGACAGGUGCCCGACACCAACUACGUGUUCCUGGGCGACUUCGUGGACCGCGGCUACUACAGCCUGGAGACGCUGACGCGCCUGCUGACGCUCAAGGCCAAGUGGCCCGACAAAAUCACGCUGCUGCGCGGCAACCACGAGUCGCGCCAGAUCACCCAGGUGUACGGCUUCUACGACGAGUGUCAGAAAAAGUACGGCAACGCCAAUGCCUGGAAGUACUGUUGCAAGGUGUUCGACCUGCUAACCAUUGCUGCGAUCAUCGAGGACGAGGUGUUGUGCGUACACGGCGGCCUCUCGCCCUACAUCCGGUCGCUGGACCAGAUCCGGGUGAUCGACCGGAAUCAGGAGAUCCCGCACCAGGGGGCGUUCUGUGACCUGGUGUGGUCAGACCCGGAAGACGUCGAGUCGUGGGCCACCAGCCCUCGCGGCGCCGGCUGGCUGUUCGGGGCCAAGGUGACGCACGAGUUCAUGCUCGAGAACAGCCUGAAGCUCAUCUGCCGGGCCCACCAGCUGGUGAACGAGGGCUACAAGUACGUCUUCGACGAGAAGCUGGUGACUGUGUGGUCGGCACCCAACUACUGCUAUCGCUGCGGCAAUGUGGCGGCCGUGCUCUGCUUCAAUGACAUCAACAAUAAAGAGGUGAAGAUCUUCCGCGCCGUGCCCGAGGAGAACAGGAAGGUGCCGCCAAGCAUCACCACGCCGUACUUCUUGUAGUGAGCGCUGUCGACAGAUGGCGUUGAUGUCGACGUGGGUGCUCAACCAACUGCAUCUGCGUGAGAUAACUGUCCGUGGUGCUUGCGCGUGGCAGUGCAUGCUUCAGGCCGGACGGCGUGGUCUGGUACGUCGUUGGUGGUACCCGCCGACAUCAGUUUUGGUGGACAUGUGCACCCUCAUGCAUUCAGGGGUAGGGGCCCGUGUGCCCGAGUGAGCAAGACUCGAAGGACACGUGUGCUCACCAACGAGGGUGUUCUAUGUGCUAGCGAGGGAGACGCGACGGGCGCGCGAGCUCAGUGUG